GUUCUUUGUUUCCUUUUCUUUUUCUGCCUUUAGGAUUUUGGAGAACUCACAACUUUUGACAUUGUCUUUCUCGCUGAUCUUGAUUAAUUUUCCUGUUUCCUUUUUUAGGUCCUAGUUUUAAGGGUGUGUUUUCAAUUGUCGCUCUUUCAAUUAUAGUGGUGUGCUUGCAUCGAGUAGAGAUAUGUGGGUCUUAGUCUUAAAAUCUUCUAAACCGGCCUAUGUAAAUCCGCUCAUAGCUUUGAUUUUUUCCUGUUGUUGGAUUCUUAUUUCUUGCCAUUCCAAAGAUUUUGGAGAUGCCCAAAUUUUGUUUCUUCGAUUUCGAUCGGUUUGUCUUUCGAACGUUACUUAGUGGUAUGCUUGGGUGGAUUUCUUUUUUGAUUGUAAUUUAUUGAGAAUUUGCUAUGCUACAAAUAUUUCUCUACCAUCACCAACCCAUACUUAAAUAGAAUCUUCUUUUCUUUAUCUUUUGGUGUCUUUACUUUCUUUUAUCUUUUUUGGAUUCGAAGAUGCUGUGGACAGUGGAAUCAUUUCAUAUCUGACUUUAGAGUCCAAGCUUUUUCUCUUGUGUUCUGAAAGUAUCAUAUGAGUCAGCUGUUUCAGGUCAUCAUGAAGUACGAUUUAUUCCUGCACACUCGAAAGAGAAUCUUAGUGUCGGUUCAUCGGUUGUUUCUCUUUUUUCUUGUUUUCCUCUUUUUAGUUUCAAAGAUUUUGGGAGAACCUAAUUUGUCUUUCUUGUUUAUUUGGUUUUCUUUGGUGUUGUUUUGAUUGGUUUUUCAUUUUUAAUAGUUCUUCUUACGUUCCGUUUGAAUCGACAUAUAAUGGUUUGCAAAGUUGAGCUUUGCUAAUCUACGGUAUUAUGCUCGUUCAUAUUGAAAAUCGAAUGUAAUUUCAAGCCAUAUUUUGAUAUUACUUUUUGGCUCAAUUAUUGCUGAAUGCAAAGGUUCUGAAAAAGCAAAAUUUGUCUUCCAAUUGAACUUUGGUUUAUUUCAGAUGAUAUUUCGUACGUUGUGUUUCAUUCAGCACAAAACAGAAUCUUCUAAUCGAGUCUCUCGUGUUGGUUUUACUUACUGAAAUUUUGCUUCCCAUGGUUCGUGAUGUACCUCCUUGUGAUGUACCUCCUUGUCGUGAAAUUUUGGUGGCAGAGAUUCAUUUGUUGGCUUUUGCACUAUUUUUUUAUUUUGUUUUUGAACUUUUCAGUGCUAAGAAAAAAAUUAUGUGAUUCUCUUAUGCAGUUAUCAUAUUGCUUAUUACAUGUUUUUGUGUGUGGAAAUUGAAAGUUUAUGCCACGGAGUCCUCCUUUGACAAAAAUCAGAGGAAGCUGCAUUGUUAAAUGUUAUUCAUAAAUUUUCACACCCUUCAAAAUUUUCACGCAGUACAGUUCCGUACUGCUGCUUAAUCCAUGGGAUGGGGUAUUUUUUGUUUGCUGGACAUUCUAGUGCAUGAAAUUGGCACCAUUGCUUAGAUGGGGAUUACAUUCUAGGUUUGUACCAUUAUGUGGGCGAGGAAUACAUAGGACCUCAAAUCAAAUGCUUUUAACAAGUGGUGAAGGUAAGUUACCGGGAAUCAAUGAAGGGGCAGAACCUGCUUCCGUGCCUGAGUCAUCUUUAUCUUCAAGAAAAAUGAAUCCCUUGCAAAGUGAGGGUUGCUAUUCAAGUUCUCAUUACAGAUUUUUAUCAGCCUUUCUUUUGACAAGGAUGUCCUGUUCAAAACUAAUCUCUUACUCAGCAGCAAUGGUAGUGAAGUUGCUACUGAAGAUCUCCUGUGCCUUCAAGACGGCUUCUAUGUUUGCAUGCAUAUCCAGCUCCACUAAUAAACCUCAACCUCUUAAAUUGGAUGUCACCCUCCCAUCUUUUCAAGAUCUAAGAUGGAGCUUUUCAAGAUUCCUUUACUUACUAGAUAUACAACUAGAACGACAUAUUACUACGUACUUUAUAUUGCUGAUUGUUGCAUGCCUCACAUUUGUUUUCAUUGGAGGAAUCCUGUUCUACAAGUACAGAAGUAGAAAGCGGGCAUUGGAGGACUGCCUGUGGGAUUCCUGGGCAUGCUUGUGUUCAUCGUCUUCCCACCUACGGGAACGAACUGGCAUUGAACGUAUCAUAGGUUUUAGUUUAGCUGUGCUGGGACUGCUAUUCUAUUCUCGCCUUACAAGCACGAUGACAGAAGAAUUUAGGAAUAAUAUGCAAAAGAUCAGAGAAGGGGCACAGUCUUAUGUAAUGGAGUCUGAUCAUAUUGUUAUAUGUGGUGUUAAUAGUCAUCUUGGAUAUGUACUCAAGCAGCUUAAUACAUAUCAUGAAUUUUCUAUAAAAUCGGGUACUGCAACAGCAAGGAGGCAACGAAUUCUUCUCCUAUCUGAAUAUCCAAAAAAGAAUUUGGACAAGAUAGUUGACAGCAUGACCAAGGAUCUUCGUCAUAUUGACAUUCUCACGAGGAGUUGCAGUCUUAGCUUGACAAGAUCAUUUGAAAGAGCAGCUGCAAGUAAAGCACGAUCUGUGAUAAUAUUGCCCGCCAGAGCCCUCUUUUCCCUCCAGCGAUUUGUUUUGGACCUUCUGCUCUUUGGGGAGAAGUUGGAGAUGUGGGAGAAGGGAGAAGGCCACCUACAGUAUGAAGUUGAUGCAGAUGCAUUUCUCAUGGUCUUGGCUCUCCAACCCCUUUCAAGCAUAUCAUCUAUCCCAAUCAUAGUAGAGGUUUCAAAUCCAAGUACAAGUCAACUUUUGAAGUCGGUGCCAGGAUUGACAGUUGAGCCAGUUGAAAAUGCUGCAUCCAAAUUGUUUGUGCAAUGUUCUCGGCAACAAGGGAUUAUUAAGAUCUACAGGCAUUUGCUUAAUUAUAAAAGUUCAUGGUUAGAAUAUGUUCCAGUGGAGAACAGUUCUAUAAAGACUUACAUUUUUGCAGAAGAUGUAUUCAACCUUUGUGAUUUUCCAAAGUUAGCAGGACUGAAGUACAAGUACGUAAGACAUGCAUUUCAAAAGGUGGUGGUUUGUGGCCUUUAUCGAUCAGGGAAGGUACUCUUCCAUCCAAAUGAAGAUGAUGUUCUUGUAGCAUCUGAUAAGUUGCUUCUUAUUGCCCCUGUCAAUGCUCAAACUUGUUCUCCAGAGGUAGAUGAUUUAGAAGAAGAAGCUAUUGAGGCAAAAAAUCCGAUGCAUCAUGAAAUCAAUGAUUUCAGAAUCAAGGCUGAGAUGCAAUCACGUCUUAAUAUCAUUGUUGAGCGUCCUAGAAAGUCAGAGUCAAAGGCAUCAGAUUGGAAUGGAGGGCCAAAAGAGUACAUCCUUAUUCUUGGAUGGCAUCCUAAUGUUGAUGACAUGAUUCUUGAGUAUGAUGAUUAUCUUGGGCCAGGCAGUGUGGUGGAAAUACUGUCAGAGGUUCCCAUUGAAGAAAGAAACAAUGUUUUGAAUUCAAAAGGUAACCAACUAAAGAAUAUCAAAGUUUUUCACCAGAUCGGAAAUCCAAUGAACUAUGAAAUACUGAAGGAGGCCAUAAGAAAUACUCAAAAGUGCACAAAAUCUGGAGAGAGAUUGCCUUUAUCAAUUGCGGUUGUUACAGAUAAAGAGUGGCUAGUGGGAGAUCCAUCAAGAGCAGAUAAGCAUGCAACUUAUUCUCUUCUUCUUGCAGAAAGGAUUUGCAAUGAAUGCAAUGUGAAGGUGGAAAACCUAGUUGCAGAAAUUGUAGACACGAAACUCGGGAAACAAAUUGCUAAAAUAAAGCCAAAUAUUACUUACAUUGGAGCAGAGGAAGUCAUGGGCCUCGUGACUGCACAAGUGGCAAAGAAUAGGGAGCUGAAUGAUGUUUGGAAGGAGUUACUUGACGCCGAGGGAGAUGAGAUAUAUGUGAAGCCUAUUGAUCUUUACAUGAAGGAAGGUGAAAGGCCAUCAUUUUUUGAGCUCUCUGAGCGAGCAAUGCUGCGGAGAGAAGUUGCUAUUGGUUAUGUAAAGAACAAACAGAAGGUUAUAAAUCCAGAGUGUAAGAGUGGUCCACUUGAACUUGACAUGACGGAUUCCCUCAUUGUUAUUUGUGAGUUUGAAGGGGAGAAAACAUCACGAAAGUGAGGGAGCAGCAGUUAGCAGUUUUUUUUUUCUACAAUUAUCUGUAUUCUUUCUUGUGGCGGUUGGACGUGGUCGGCUGCAGUCAUGAGCUCAAGUCUCUUGGCUUAUCAGCAUCAAUUUUGUAUAUCUCUAUUAAUUAAUAGUACCAACAACUGCCAUGAACAACUCAUGAGAAUGUAAACUUGAAAACCAGUCAAACGCCUUUGAAGAAAGGUACAUGUUCAACACAGAAUAUUUGCUAUUAAAUGUUUACCCACCCUAAGUUUGAUUUGUUCCA